AUGGGUGCUGCUGGAUCAGCGGAUGACAUUAAUGCUAUGGAAAUUCACCAUUGGUACACAAAAUUUAUGAGGGAGUGCCCAUCUGGACAACUUUGUCUGCAUGAGUUUAAACAUGUCCUGGAUCUAAACGGACUUACUCCAGAAGCUAACAGUUAUGUUGAACAAGUAUUCCACACAUUCGACAUGAAUAAGGAUGGAUUUAUAGACUUCUUAGAGUUCAUAGCUGCAAUAAACCUGGUUAUACGAGGGAAAAUUGACCAGAAAUUGAAAUGGUAUUUUAAGCUCUACGAUGCUGAUGGAAACGGAUGUAUCGACAAACAAGAAUUGUUAAGCAUAUUUGCGGCUAUCCAGGCUAUAAAUGGCUACACCAGUAUGUCUGCUGAAGAGUUUGCAAACAUCAUAUUUCAGAAGAUAGAUGUGAACAAUGACGGGGAACUGACUUUAGAAGAAUUUAUGAAUGGCGUGGAAAGUGAUGACUACCUAAUGGAUUUGAUUACAAAAAGUUUUGACCUUUCCAACGUACUCAAAGUCAUACAGAAUGGCAGGAGACACAGCGUUUGAAAGACACAGUGAUGGAUGUGGCAUCUGUGUCAUCAUUUCAAGGAAGAUAAUAUUGAAUACAUUGAGAGCUUGAUGUCAUCAACGCUUGCU